CACAUAUCCGCUUCCACGCAAUUCUCUUAGUGCAUCGAACGCGAAGACAUCAUGCUCUCUACCACAAGCAUGACUUGCACGGGAUGUAUGCACAUCGGUCUCUCAGCUGUUAAAUCCCACAACUUAUCUCGUGGUGGGCGUCUUCACUGGCCCGUUUCCAAGUUGACAUCUCGUUCUCGGAAGCCUGCUCGCGCGACGACGCGAAAAACCGUCUGCCCUGCCGCUUCCUCCGCCAUCCAAGAUAUACCUCAUUCUGGACUUGAGGGACAGGCUCUUAGGUUUCCGACCAAGGAUGAUUUUCCCACCCGGGCCGAAGUCCUCACGUCGAUUCCCGAGGAUUGCUUUGAGAAGGAUACUGUCAAGUCGUUGUUUUAUGCCGCACUUUCAGCCGCUAUGACACUUAGUUGUGGUCUUCUUGCUUUCGCAUAUGUCCCCAUGAAGCUUGCAUAUUUGCCCACCUGGUUAGCAUACGCAGCGCUCACGGGCACGAUCGGGACUGGGUGUUGGGUAAUCGCGCACGAGUGUGGACAUAAUGCGUUUUCGAAGAAUCGAUUCAUUCAAGAUGCUGUUGGAUAUCUUCUUCACUCUCUUCUCCUCGUACCUUACUUCAGUUGGCAGCGCUCGCAUGCUGUUCAUCACUCACGAACAAACCAUCUCACAGAAGGUGAGACGCAUGUUCCCUACGUAAAAGGUGAAGUGAAGGGAUCUCUGAAUCUUGAGCUUCAUAAACGGUUGGGUGAAGGGCCGUUUGCAAUCCUACAGCUCGUUGCACACUUAGUGUUCGGCUGGCCAGCUUACCUUUUAACUGGAGCAACUGGCGGGUCCGCUCGAGGGGUGACGAACCAUUUCAUUCCAAGCAUCAACACAGGACCGAUCGAGCUAUUUCCCGGAAGCUGGAAGAAGAAAGUAUGGCUGUCCGAUGUUGGCGUCGUCGGCUUCGUCGCUAUUCUUGCUCACUGGGCUUACAACUCUGGUCUCGCGACUGUCGCUGCCCUUUAUUUCGGGCCGUACUUGUUUGUCAACAUCUGGCUAGUGCUUUAUACCUGGUUGCAGCACACAGACACCGACGUGCCUCACCUUGCAGCUUCAGAAUGGUCAUACAUAAAGGGUGCUUUCCUCACAAUUGACCGCCCAUACGGCGCAAUUUUUGAUUUUCUUCAUCACCGCAUCGGAAGCACGCAUGUUGCCCAUCACGUUGAAUGCGCUAUACCUCACUACAAUGCGUUGAAGGCAACAGAUGCGCUGAAACAAAAGUACCCGGAUCUUUAUUUGUAUGAUCCGACCCCGAUAAAUGCAGCGCUUUGGCGUGUUGCAUCAAAGUGCGUUGCGGUUGAACCGCGUUGUCAGGGCAAGGACACCAUAUGGACAUUCACUACCAAAAAGCAGCCGGCCGUGGAAAGAUCAUAAAAUUCUGCAAAGUUGUUGUUCGAUGGAGCAGUUUGUAACUGCAACAAACACGCGUGGGGGCAGGGGACAAUGUCACGUUAUAAACAACGAGGAAAGGACUCAAAUUACUGACACGAACAGAAGCGACGGGGACGGGGUUAUGGGAAUUGACUCGUUUGGCGUGCGUUGACUAGCGAUUUAUUUGAUACCAAGAUGACUAUUCAAGUAGAAC